GUAACCCUCUUUGAGUGUUACGUUAAGUGGCCUGAUUAAUAUUAAGGAGCCCAUCGUUCACCAGCCCGCUUGCAGCCAAUCGGUUAGGCCAGUUGAGGCAACGUCAAGUCGAGUAAUUAAUAUUAAUGAGCCACGGCUUCACGAUAGUAGGGUUUGCUUGUGAGCGACAUAGUAAAAGAAUGAAACAAACAGCAGAUUUACAGAAAAUUGCUUUGAGGUGGAAUUGCUGAAGAAGUGUAGGAUGCAACUUUAUGUUAUUACUAUUUGAAGAAGAUUCUGAUCGACUAUUCUGACACAUAAGAGAAAGCGAUGGAUAUUUGUAACUUUGUGUAGUUGUGCCUUGGAUAAAGCACUGAAAGAGCAGAAGAUGAGAGACCCACAAUGAGACAGAGCAGGUGGCCGGUGUACUUAUAAAGAACGUGGGAAAAUGGGUAAUAUGGCAACAGAGAUCAUUGCCUUCCUUUUCACCAUAUCUGGAUGGAUUCUGAUCUCCUCCACGCUCCCGAUUGACUACUGGAAAGUGUCAUCAGUGGACGGGACAGUCAUCACUACAGCAACCUUUUGGUCCAAUCUCUGGAAGACGUGCGUUACGGAUUCAACCGGAGUCUCCAACUGCAAGGACUUUCCUUCUAUGCUUGCACUGGAUGCUUAUAUCCAGGUUUGUCGUGGACUGAUGAUCUCAGCUGUGUGUUUGGGAUUUUUUGGAGCUAUCCUGGCACUAGUGGGCAUGAAGUGCACUAAAAUAGGGGGAUCAGAGACCACCAAGGCCAGGAUCACCUGUCUGUGUGGACUACACUUCAUUCUCAGUGGAAUCUGCUCUAUGAUCGCCUGCUCUCUCUACGCACACCGCAUAACAUCAGAGUUCUUUGACCCCUUAUUUGUGAAACAGAAAUUUGAGCUUGGUGCGGCCCUGUUCAUUGGCUGGGCAGGAUCUGUUCUCAGCAUUCUUGGAGGAUUUAUCUUUUGCUUUUCCAUGACAGAAGGAUUCAGCAUCAGAGAGUACUCCUACAACGGCGCCACGUCCUUCAUAUCAACACGAGCCAAGAUCGCAAAGAUGGGCAGAAACCCCAAGACUCCUCAGAAAGACCUACCAGACCAGAGCUCCUCUGGCAGACAGUUUGGGAGGAAUGCAUAUGUUUGACUUCAGCUUCCUCUGUAAAACUGAAAACUAUAACAAGUCAAGGCCAACAAGCAUACACUGUAUAAAGUCAACUAUCAAACAAAUCCUUGAAGGAGAACAUGAGUUCACGUUGCUUAAGGCUGCUUUCAUCAUUUGAGGCAUUUAGAAGACUGCACAGAGGUAAAUGUUA